AUGGCGACCCAACCGCCCGCGCUGCCCACGCUCGCCGAUGAGGAGGCCGGCGUCAUGGGCCUGACCGAGGUCGAGCCAAGCCCCGUCGACGAGACGCCCGCGGAAUGCAAAGACGGCUACUUUCCCUCGAAGCCCGACCAUGGCGGCAAUGGCGGCAGUGGCGGUGCGAGUGCUGAUGCGCCCGAAGAGCUUGGGCUGCCGCGGCGCACGACGACGUCGUUGGGGCUGGGCGGGAGCCAUGGGCCCGUGUGGUGGUUGACCAGAGUCCAAAAGUACUCGUCGUACGCAUUCGGCGUCUUCACCGCCUUCCACGUCGCCAACACGUCCCUGCUCCCCCUCGCCACACGCUCUGUGCCCGAGGCGAACCGCUACCUCCUGCUCACACGGCCCUACUACCAGUCCAGCAUCGCCGAACCCAUCGUCGUCGCGCUGCCACUCCUCGCGCACAUCACCAGCGGCAUCGCUCUGCGCCUGUACCGCCGGCGGCAGGCCCUGCAGCGCUACGGCGCCGAGACACGCACCGACAAGCGCUCCAUACCCUGGCCCGUUCUAUCAGGCACCUCACUCCUCGGCUACAUUCUCCUUCCGCUAGCCUCGUUCCACGUUUGGACUACGCGCAUCCUGCCGCUGUACAUGCACGGCGACAGCAGCCUCAUCUCGCUCUCCUACAUCAGCCAUGGCUUCGCAACCCACCCUUUCCUGUCCUUCGCCGGCUUCUCCGCCCUCGUCGGCACGGGCGUCUGGCAUUUUGUCUGGGGCGCUGCGCAGUGGCUAGGACGGAAGCCAAGCCAGGUCUCGCCCUACUCGGAACACAAAGAUCUCGACAAGAAAAGGCGCUGGUACGCCAUCAACGGCGUUGCCGCGGCCGUCGCCGCGCUCUGGCUAGCUGGGGGGUUGGGCGUUGUGGGCCGCGCAGGGAAGACGGUCGGCUGGAUUGGGAAGGAGUUUGAUGAUUUGUACAGACAGAUCCCGUUCAUGCAUAGUCCAUGA